AUGACGAAAAUAACAGAUGCAGCAACGAGACAGGCAGUUCAAAGUGCCUAUGACGCCGUUAGAGCAACUGUUGUGAAAAGUCAAGAAAAAGAGUUACAACAGACCAAAACAGACCUAGUAAAUGCUUUCUUAAGAACGAAAAGUCAGGUAGGACAUUACGCUGCAGAUGGAACAUAUGUGCCAGCUGGUGGAACUUAUAUACCACCAAACCCUCCAAGAGAAGCACCUGCACCAGGACUACCUAGAACAUUUACAUCGUCACAUGGACACAGACACAGGCAUGCACCAAAACCAACACAACAACCAGCACAACAACCACCUCCACAACCAGCACAACAACCAACACAACAACCAGCACAGCAACCAACAGUUCAAAACCCUGCACAACAACCACCUCCACAACCAGCACAACAACCAGCACAGCAACCAACAGUUCAAAACCCUGCACAACAACAACAACCACAAACAGAGCAAGGACAUAAAAGAAGUAGAGAACAAGGAAACCAAGAAUUCUUAAAAAUGCUUAAAGAAGAGUGUGGUUUCCCAGAUAGUAUUGACUUUAGUGACAGAUAUAAAGAAGCUAUUGGAAAGUUCAAGGAUGGAAAUACUGACCCGAACCUAUUUAGCUUUAUGGCUCAGCACCAAAACGGAUAUAAUCUCAAACCUGGAAAAUACAAGCUCGCUAAGGGAUAUGAUUUAAUAGCAUAUCAUCCAAAUGACAUGGAUGAAUUUACUCCGAGAUAUUUGAUGUCAGAGCUAAAUGACAAUUCAACUUUCGUCAUGAAACGCGUAAAAAAUAGAGACGGAACGAAAGAACAAAAGCUUAUGAAUGCGGAUGACGUAGAUAGGGAAAUUGUUGAAAACGGUCUCGGAAUAUAUGAAAUGCCAGCAGAUGAGGUACAAGAAACUCCACAGGAAGAAGUUCAGAUACAACCAGACAUGGAAGAAAUAGUUCAGCAACAACAGCUAGAAGAGCCUGAAGGAAACGAACAA